AUGGCCGUCCGAUCCAGCAGCGGCGCGGGUUCCGCGGGGAACGGCGCAAUGGACUGGCUCGAGCCGGGCUUGUACGCGCAACUGCAGGAGAUUCAAACGAGGAUGAACUCCGCGUUCGUCUCAGGUGUUGGCGGGGAGGAUUCGGAGGGUGGAUUCUUGGCGAGGAGGCAAUUAGACGACGAUGAUGACGACGAUGAUGAUGAUGAUGACGAGGAUAAGAAGGACAAGGAGAAGAAGAGCAAGGACAACGACAGCGGUAGCGAUAGCGGCGAUAAGAAGAGCAGCGGCAAGAAGAGCAGCAAGAAAGCGUCUCCAACUGCCGGACCGAUGGUUGUCAGCCCGUCUCUUACCGCCAGCGCGACCGUCAGAUCCGGGUACUCGACGAUCCAGGCCGCCGUUGACGCCGCACCCGGCGGCACGCGGUUCGUGAUUUAUAUUCCCGCGGGGACGUACAAUGAACAAGUUCUGAUUGAGACGACGGAUAUUGUUCUUAUCGGCGCCGGCGCGGAUAAGACGAUUAUUACUGGCGACGAGAGCUAUGGCAGCGGCUCGGGAACGUUCGAGUCGGCUACAGUUGGAGUUGAUAGCGACAGGUUCGUCGCGUUCGGAAUCAAGUUCGUCAACACGGCAGGUCCCGAAAACCACCAAGCUGUUGCGUUCCGCGCCACCGGCGACCAAACGGCUCUUUUCGACUGCGCGUUCGACGGUGCGCAAGAUACACUGUAUGUGGACGCGGGACGGCAGUACUACAAGAAUUGCUGGAUUGGCGGCUCGAUGGAUUUCAUUUUCGGCGACGCGGCGGUUGUAAUCGACGCGCCGAAAAUCCAGCUACACCCGAGCCCUUCGUUUGUGACUAUAACGGCGUCGGGUCGCAAAUCGGAAACGCCAACCGGGAUUGUGAUCCGCGACGCGGAAAUCGCGGCGGACAGUGGUACUACCGAGGUGUAUCUUGGCCGUCCGUGGAAGAAAUGCGCCUUCACCGUUUUUAUCAACGCCAACCUCCCCGCGGUGAUUGAAAAGGAUGGCUGGCUGACGUGGAACGAGGGCAGCUGCAUGUUCCUGGCGGAGGCGGGCAGCAAGGGCUCGGGCGCGGCCUCCCCCCGCGCGGAUUGGGUGGAGCCGGGGAUAAUCACUGACGUCAGCGGGUAUGACGCGAAUACGUUCACUGAAGUGAAUAGCUGGCUUAGCUGGUCGGGGUAG